AUGUCGCUAAACACGGCACACGCCAAUAACGGCGUACUGAUACACGCCGCUGAAGGAAUACUUAUCUUCAGCGAUCAUGUGACGAUUGAGUUCACGGGCCACAACAAUGGUGCGAUGAAGGGUGGCAAGCAGGGCCGUGUGUACCUAACGACGCACCGGGUCAUCUACAACAGCAAGAGCGAAACCGAUGCGCUCCGUUCCUUCAGCAUGCCGUUCGUAUCGAUGCGUGAGGUCGAGGUGGAACAACCCGUCUUCGGGGCGAACUACAUCAAGGGCAAGGUGCAGGCACAGCAGCACGGCAACUGGGAGGGUGAGGCGAAGUUCAAGAUCGUGUUCAAGCACGGUGGUGCGAUCGAUUUUGGACAGGCGAUGCUGAGGGCCGCCUCCAUCGCACAACGGAACGCGGGCAACGCUCCGCCACCACCGUACACCCCGCCCGGCGGUGAAUGGUAUGCGGCCCCACCGCCCGCAUACACCCCGAACCCGUACGGUUACGGGUGGGUGCCGGGUGCGGCCGUUUUCCCCGAACAGCCGCAACCCAACUCGAUCUACAUGCACGACAGCCCACCGCCGUACCCGGGGAUCGUACCGGGUGGUGGUGGGAUGCAGGGUCCACCCGGUUACAGUUACCCACCGCCGCAGCAGCAACAGCAGUUUGGCGGCGGCUAUCCGCAUCCACCGGCUAUGGGCGGUUAUCCGGUGCAGGCCGGGUUUGCUACCGGACCGGGUGCAGGGUACCCGAAUGGGAACGUCGCACAAGGUGGUUAUCCGCAACCGGGACCGUCGAGCGGUGCAAUGGGCUUUACGGCACCUCCGCAACCACCGCCAAACUCGAAGGAAGCGGAAGCAGCCCAAAGUGCAUACUACGAUCCGAACAGACCACAAACGGCGUACGUUCCACCUCCGGCAUACUACGAACCACCGCCAAGCUACAGCUCGCUCAACAAGAAGGAACAAUGA